CGCAGAUUGAAAUAUGGAAGGGCAAGUUGGAACAAGGUGACGUAUUGGUUUCGAAUCAUCCAAAAGCUGGGGGAAGUCAUUUACCAGAUAUAACCGUAAUUACUCCUGUGUUGGAUAAGAAUAACAAUCCUAUUUUUUGGACCGCUUCUCGUGGCCAUCAUGCUGAUAUUGGAUCUAUUUCUGCUGGAUCGAUGCCACCAAAUUCGAAAACUAUUUAUGAUGAGGGUGCUUCCAUAGUUUCUCACAAGUUGUGCUCCAAGGGUGUUUUCGACGAGGCUGGCAUAACGAGAAUAUUGUAUGAUGAACCAAGUAAGUAUCCCGGUGGAUCAGGAACAAGAACUCUCAGUGAUAACAUCUCAGAUUUGAAAGCUCAGGUAUCAGCAAAUUACAAAGGUAUUACAUUGUUGGAGAGAUUAGUUGAUGAAUUUAGUUAUGACGUGAUUAAUCUUUACAUGGGAGGUAUUCAAUCUACUGCAGAAGUUGCCGUGAGAAACUUGCUUCGUAUCGCAUACAAGAAAUUUGGUGGUAAUCAUUUGAAAGGUGUUGAUUACUUGGAUGACGGGACUGCCAUUGCGUUGGAAGUUACUAUUGAUUAUGAAUCCGGUGAUGCUAUUUUUGAUUUCACGGAAUCGGGUGAUGAAAUCUAUGGUAAUUUGAAUGCACCAACAGCAAUCUUGUACUCGGCUGUAUUAUAUGUGUUGCGUUGUUUGAUAAGUACUGAUAUUCCAUUGAAUAAUGGUUGCUUAAAACCAAUCAAGUUCAAAACUAGACAAGGAUCCGUGGUGAAUCCAUCGUUUGAAGCUGCUGUUGUGGGAGGUAAUGUUGAAACCAGUCAACGUAUAGUUGAUGUUAUUCUCAAGACAUUUGAAGCUGCAGCAGCAUCACAGGGUACCUGUAACAACUUUACCUUUGGUAUAAGCGACAAGCAGGUAUCAUUUGGAUAUUAUGAAACCAUAUGUGGUGGUUCAGGCGCUGGACCGGGAUGGAACGGUCAAUCGGUAGUGCAAUGUCACACCACAAAUACCAGAAUCACCGAUACUGAGUUAUUUGAAAAGAGGUAUCCUGUGUUAGUACACGAAUACUCAGUGAGAACUGGUUCUGGUGGUGAUGGAUUGUAUAAGGGAGGCAAUGGUGUCAUCAGAGAUAUCGAAUUCUUGUAUCCUAAUUUAGAAGUUUCUUGUCUCAUGGAAAGAAGAUCAUUGCCACCAUUUGGAAUAUGUGGAGGUAAGGAUGGUUUACGAGGUGAGAACCACUGGUUUAUCAAAGGUGAAGAUGGUCAAUAUAGAAAGAAGUAUCUUGGUGGGAAAUGUACCGUUAGAAUUGGUAAGGGGGAUAGAAUUGUUAUCAAGACUCCUGGAGGGGGUGGGUUUGGUGAACAAACUGGUGAAGAUGCAGCUAGCUAUCCCAUACAGAGUACCAAACCAAGUGUAUUGACGGGGUCAGUGGGGAUGAGAACUCAUAUUCAAGAAACCAACUAGAUAAUUAGAAUACACUGAGCAGUUUGUCUGUAUAAUUUGUCUAUGUAAUUUGUCUAUGUAGUUUGUCUGUGUAUCCGUGGUAGCAAGAGCACGUUUAGCUGCCAAGUGUUUGCACAACACUGGCAAUAGCGCAGUACCUCCAAGAAGUAACAAUACACCCACUAGAGCAUCCAAGAGAUCACAGCUAUUGGGAAAUGGUCCAUCCAUUUGCUCGUAGCAUAAUCCAAGAACUCAACCUUAGUCAUAUCGAGUAUACUUUGUUAGUGCCCUCAGCGUAUGUCUUGAAUGAAUACUAUGACACUGAUAACAACCCACUUAAAGAGUUGUGUUACUCCAAUGAAGAGUUUUUAAAGUCCCACAUCAUAAAAUCCUCUGUACCUUUGAGUUCCACCAUAACGCCAAUAUCCAAAGAAACUUCUGUUAUUUACAACACCAUCAAUGGUAAACAAGUGUUGAUCAAAAACAGAAUGAUCUACACAGGUAAAGGGUUCAGACGAAGUUUAAAGUUGAGAAUUACUGGAAUCCUGUAUUUCAAUUCAUUUUGUGAUUAUUUACCUAAAGGAGCCAAGUUCAUGUUGAUUUACAUCGAGAGUAGUCUAAUUGGAGGUGUACCUAGGAGUAAGCCAAUACCGAGACAGUUAACACCAGUCCCUACACCUCCAACUAGCGGAAGUUCAUCUAGUUCACAAGGAACCAUACGAAGAUCCAAAUCACCAAAUAUUGAUUCAAUCACGUUUGAAACUUUGUUACGCAACUUCCCAUUACUUUCCAAGGCAGUAUCCAACAAAUUCUACCGGUUAUUUCAUCAUAAUAAUAAACAGUAUCGUAUUCUUCGAACAAACGAAAGAAAGAAAUUGAGUGAAAUCAAGUCUGAGUUUCAUAAAAUCACGGAAGAGGCAUAUACUAUAAUUCUGGAUAGUAUCCACAUUGAUAAUCCCGACAGCGAAACCACAUAUAAUUUGAUUAACCAUAUUAUAAGCAUAUUUCCAGGCAUUGAUUUGAACAGAUUAGUUUACGAAUAUGUCGAAUUGAACUUGUAUGAUGUAUUAUGGGGCCAGCUCAUAUUCCAAUUCAAUCAACAAAAUGAUGACUAUGACAAAGAUGCAGUUAAGGUAUUGACACCAGAGAGGUUUGAAAAGCUUUCCUGUCUUUCCCUUAACCAAUUGGAUUUACCUAUUGACAAACCAUGGGAAAUGAAUGACCUUUAUAAGAGAAUUUCAUUAGCAAUUGAACAGUUCAAGAAAUUAUCAGAUUCGGUGACUCUGACAAAUAAGAUCAAAAUCAUAUUUGAAACAGUCAAGAUCUUGACCGAGGGAAGUAUACUUAUCAAUGCAGACACAUUGAUCGGAUUAUUAAUUAUGGUUAUUAUUCAUUCGAAGGUGGAUAACCUAGAAGCACACUUAUACUACAUCAAGAAUUUCAAUCCUAGUGAUCGUGAUGGGCAUUUUAACUAUAUCAUGAGUAAUUUAGAUGCAGUAUUGUAUCAUUUACAAUCGGAUGAAUCAAGUGGAUUGUUUGAGCAUUCGAGUAAGAAUUAUGAAUUAUGGCAUGCAAUUUACACAAAAGACGUAGAACAGGUGGGCAAGAUAGUCGAUUCUAUCGAGUAUUCGGAUGAAUUACCCGAACAACAUUUUCUCAAAAGUAAGAAUAUAAAUGGUGAAAGUUGUCUCACAUUUGCGAUAAGAUCAAACAGUAUAGAGAUUUUCGAUAUCUUAAUCAACACCAAUCCUGCUUGGCUUACUAUUGAUUCAUUAUUGUUUGAUAUUAAUGUGCUUACAAAUCAAAAUUUAUUAAUGUAUGCAUUAAUAGAAGAGUGUGACCCAGAAAUCAUGGAUAUAAUGGUUUCAAUCAUAUUGGAAAAUUGUACCCUUGAAGAACAAUUGAGUUAUUUCAAUUAUCAGGAUAACCUAGGGAGAUCAGUUGGCCAUUACUUGUUUCAUAACUACAAAUUGAUCGAUACCAUUGGCCAUUUAAUAGAUUGGGAACUCAAAGAUAACAGUUAUAGAUCCCCCUUGUUUAACCUUUGUCGAUGUUAUGAUCACGCGGAGUAUGUCAAUCUUGUGACUACUGCAUUCAACUGUGUUUACGAAAAGUAUGGAAGAAAUAAGCUAAACUUUGACAACCACGUGGAUAAGUCUGGCAAUACUUUAUUGCAUGUUAUCCUCAAAGGAAUAGCAGAAACCAAACUAUUAUCCAGCGAUUUUGAAUUGUUAGAUAUUAACCAGAUAAACCUUAAGAAUUUGACUCCAUUAAUGGUUUACGUGAAAUAUAACAGGCUUGAAAACUUACAGCAGUUGCUUUCAGACGAGAGACUCAGAUUUCUAUAUGAGGAUAGUAAGAACCAUUAUAAUGUUUUUGAUUAUUUAAGUUUUCUGGCUAUAAAGUCGAGUACAAGUGAAUCAUUCAAGAAGAUCGAAGCGUGCAUUUUUCAAUAUUAUUUACAGACUUGCUUUCCUAAUGAUAAUAAAUAUAACCUUCUUGGCAUGAAUGGGAAAUAUGACUCAAACAAUAAGGAUUGGUUAGUGUUCCUAAAGAACAAUGAUGGGUACAGUAAUUACAAAUCAAUCACAAGUAUACGGAAACUAUUAUUUCUUACCAAGUUAAAAUCUCCCUUAAGCACAUUUCCUGAUCAAGAUCUAUUUUGGAGUAAUUUCAAUUUGAAUGUACCUACAACCACCAUGUUUAACAAGUUCCGGAUCAAUCGAUUGAUCGAUAAUUUGAAUGUGUUGUUUACAAGUUUGGUAUAUCAAGAUAACAUUGAUCGAAAGUAUUUCUAUAAGCUGUUCCUCACAGUUGAAUCCAAACAAGAUCUGAUUUUAGAACAGAAGCAGAAAAUAAUCGAUUCAAUUGAACGGAAAAAGAAUAGUAUUUCUGAAGUCAAAUUUUCAAGAAAUAAGAUCGAAGAAAUUGAAUACUUUUUACAGUUUUCAACGAAUGAUUUAGUAAACUACAGGAGAAUAAUGGAUAAAUUAAUCAAACUAAUUUCUAUUGGAGACGUGAAAAUUGCCGAUGUUACCAAAGUAACUGAUAAUGCUUUAAAUUUGUUUGUUAGUGAUACGAUUAACUGCGAGGAGCACAGUAGUUGGACUAACUUGUUUGAUCGUAUACUCUGGAUUUAUACAGUUUGCCAGGAAUUAAUGAAGAAUAUCGACAGGAUAUUAUUAGAAAUUAAAGCCUGGAAAGACCUAUACCAUGCUAUUUGUGUGAUUAACCUGGAACUAAGAAAGUUGGAACAAAGUCACACUGUUGCUGUGAAUAAUGAAAGUACCGAGACAAAUGGAACAACCAGUAGAAGAAAUAGUGCAAGUACAUUGGAACUUACUGACACUAUCCCAGAGAACAUUCAACAAGAGGAAGAGUCAUUCUUUACAGUUACAUUUGGUGAAACUAAAAAAGCCCGUUAUAGAAAGCUCCUACUUUCGAAAUCAGAUAAAGUUAAACAAAUCAUGAAAGUUAAUAUUGAAAUCAAGUAUAGUUAUGAAAUUAUUGCAUUUGAAAUUUCAAAUUUUAUGAAAUUUAAAACUGAAUUCCUAAGAUUUUCCAUCGGGCAAUUUGUUAUAGGUGAAGCUAUCAGGUUGAAGCACUUCAAUGUGGAAUUAGCUAAAGUAUUAACUAGAUUAAAUAAUUUAAUUUUAGAAGGUUCCAGAAGAUGACACGUGACUUCAAAAAAAACUGUCAACGUUGUCUCCAGUGCCCCCAACAAAAAUUUUAGAGGGUUGAUUUCUCCAGUUUCUUCAAAUCAAGUAAUCUGACAAGUAUACCACAUCAUGAGCACUAUUAGUAAUAAAGACAUCGCAUUGUCUAUAAUCGACUUUUUAAAGCAAUCUAUCACCAACAAGGAAAUUUCAGAAGAUUAUGUUGAAUCAAUGGAUGUUGCUAUUGACUGUAUUGCUGAUGCAUAUGAAGUUAACAAGGAUGAUUCCAGCAAUAUCUCCGCAAAGUUCAACGGUAAGUCUUUAUCUGAGUUGAUUCAAGCCGGUUCCGCUUCCACUGGUGCUACUGAAGCUUCUACCAAGGAAGAACCAAAGGUUGUUAACGAAGAAACCAAAGCUAAGGCAAAUGAAUUGAAGGUUGAAGGUAACAAAGCCAUGGCUGCUCGUGAUUUCCAAACCGCCAUUGACAAAUACACCAAAGCCAUUGAAUUAGAUCCAAAGAACGAAAUUUUCCUUUCCAACAGAGCCGCAGCUUAUUCCUCCAAUUUACAACACGCCAAGGCUGUAGCUGAUGCUGAAAAGGCCAUUGAAAUCAACCCAAAGUUCUCCAAGGCUUAUUCUAGAUUAGGUUUAGCUAGAUAUGCUCUUGGUGAUGCCAAGGGAUCCAUGGAAGCUUAUGAAAAGGGAUUAGCUAUUGAAGGCGAUGACAAAUCUGCUGCUAUGACCAAGGGUUACGAAACUGCCAAGAAGAGAUACCAAGAAGAACAAAGCUCAGUUGAAUCAACCAGAGAAACUUCCACUGAUGCUGGUUCUAGUGCUGGUGCCGGUGCUGGUGCCGGUGGAUUGCCAGAUUUCGGAUCCAUGUUUGGUGGAGCCGGUGCUGGUGGUAUGCCAUCAUUAGGUGAUAUGAUGAACAAUCCACAAAUUAUGCAAGCAGCUCAAGAAAUGAUGUCCAAUCCUGAUGCUAUGAGAAAUUUGUUUAAUAACCCUGCUGUUAGAUCAAUGGCUGAAUCAAUGGGUUUAGGUGGUGAAAAUGGUCCUGAUUUAUCUAAUAUCAUGAACAAUCCAAUGCUUAAUCAAUUCAUGGGUGGUAAUAGAAAUAAUGACGAAUCAGGUAAUUAAUAGUUAGAUUUUAAUAUAUUGUAAUUAGGUUCUAGAUAAUUGUUAGCUAAAGAAAUUGGAUACCAACCAUGUUAAUUCUACAGAAUGUUUAUUCGAUACGUCUUUGGUGUUUGCUUGUAGUUGUUUGGUUGCGAAAAAUUGGUCUCGGGGUUUUUUUUGUUUAUUCACAAAUGCUUACUAUUAAUUUAAGGAAUGUCAAAAAGAAUUGGAUACAGAAGAAUCUUCAUCUUUUUGAAAUAAUCUUUCAUAUAAUAGUUGGUUUGAAAUAUUUUGUUAUGUCCUACUCACAGCUACAAACUUGAUUGGCUAUAAUGGGGGUCUUAUAUCUCUAGACUAAAUACUACUUGCAAUGAACUUCCGGUUAAGGCAUGUAGAAUAUGUAACUCUUUACUUUCAAGCCGCUUUCUAUUAGUUACU